UCGUGUCGUGAUCGUAUGGGUGUACAUGGCCGGACGUACGUGAGUACACGGCGUGCAUAUUGCCAUUGUAAUUCCUGCAUACACAUUGGGUAGCGAUCGACACGUCGAGAACGUGAGCGCAGUCGGACCCAUUUUCCCUUGUAUCUGACCGGAUAAGUGCUUGAUGAUGAAGGGAUGCUGAACGGGUCUUCUGCAAGUCUUUAAGCUGUGGAGGAUCUGACCGGCACGGCAGAGGUUUGCAGCUGUUCGGAUCGGACGAGGCUGAGUGCAGAUUCUUACAAAUCGAUCCUAGAAAUUGCCUCAGAGGUCCCCUGGCCAAGUCUCUCAAGACUCCAGCACGGUAAUUCCUUUUUUUGGUCCUUGCACUGGACUGAGGACCCCUCAGCAGAAAUCCUGAUCCGGAAUCACGCCCGUCUGUGCAUCGACACGUACACGUCCUUUAAUUUCCCAAGAUGGCAGGCAUGGCGGCGAAGAUGAUUUUGGGGAAUAAGUUAGAUAGUGUUAAAGGGGAGCUGGGCAACCUGGGAGGCAAAGAGAUGACGGAGGAGGAGGCGGAGCAGGCCCAGCUGAUUGAGGAGCAGCGGCAGGAGCAAGAGAAUGAGCGCAAGGCGCGGCACGAGAAGAUGGAGGCAGAGCGUGAGGUGGAGAGGCAGAGAAUACGAGACAAGUACGGUUUGAAGAAAAAGGAGAAAGAGGACCCGGAAGCGGACAGUGCCGGUCGGAUCUCUCGGAAGAAGAAAACACCGGCCGAGAUGCAGGCAGCGAUGGGUCCACCUGCAGAAGAGGAAGAACAAGGUCUCGUCGACACUGUCAUGAACUUUUUCACGCCUCUCACAGACAAAAUAAGCGGCUUUUUCGGCAAGUAAACUUGUGUCAAAGCUGUCUGCCAUCUGUCAUCCUCCUCCCCUCCUCCUCCUCGAGUUACCCCAUCAUCGUCUCCUUUUCCAAAGCCAUUUUCAACGUCUCGAUCCCCUCCUGAUAGAAUUUUUUCUUUCGCUCUAUGCUUGCGCUGCACGUUUGAAGUUCAGUUGUGCUGAUGAGAGGAACAUGUGUAAUGUCUGCACACUCCCACUUUGUACAUGUAUGCGCUGUGUGCGUGGCCACACCCUGUGCACUUCAUAUUUGCCGUGCAAGCAUGCCUCAAAUUCAGAGUGCACAAUUUGACAGAGUUGUGGCCUGGUCCUUCACAAAACCAUUUGCUAUAAACAUUCUGUAGACCGAUUCGAUGACGCCAUUACUGCGGUGUCCCCGUCACUAAGGCGUGCAUUCCUAGGCUUGACAAGCAGGUGAUUUUGGUUAGCAGUGCACUCCCAUUGGCUGAUGAGGAGGCAUUCGAUGUGCAUCUCUUUGUUCACGCGCGCGGGGACACCGCAGUAAUGGCUCCUGAUUCUUGUCACCAGAUCGGUCUAUAGGUGACCCAAGUUUUAACAUUUCAAAAACCGUGGUACACCUACAGUAGUAUGCACAGUGUAUCUCUUAUCAACAAAAUCAGGGUUUGAUCCCUUCUAAUUGCCUUCAUCAGCUAUGCGCAUACUUAAUUAUUUUGACGUUUCAUAAUUUUGAAAGUUUUAUGUGAUUAGAUUUGAUAUCCAGAUCCUUGAGAACAGCAGGUAGGGCUAACAAAUUCUGUCUCGGUGGAAUGAUUGCGUGAGUGGCUGCAACCACUUUCCCUAAACGUGUGUUUUAUUCCCGGCCAUAGCUGGUGAGAUUUGGACGUAACCUUAGCCAUUAUCUUGAGCGAGCUCAACGGUAAAUUUUCCUGGCUCCCAAUAUGGUAAAAGUCCCCAUCAAAUUCACGAGUGAACUGGGUGUCAUUCAAGGUCACUAGGCUCCGUUUCCAAAUUACUUGUUACCGGCUGCAGCCUGAAAUUACACCCGACCCUACAGUUAUUAGCAGCAGCCUGCAGUGUCCCGGACUUGAGUGUCAUUUUGAGCCGCGACCAAGUAAUUUGGACGCGGCCUUUUACUUGGCUUAUGUCUCUGAGGAUGUGCAUAAAUAGUCGGCCACAGCCUGGAUUUGAUCCUCUUUGGGUUUAAAAGGGGUCACCAUGAAGAUUUGAUGCUUCCAAAAAAAAAAAAAAGAAAAAAGGAGGAGUCAGGGCAACGAUUUUGAGUUUAGAUGCUUUUUGAUUCAGUUGCCCCAAGCCUGUUGUUUGUUCCCAAACAUGUCUGAUGUCAUUCUGUUAUCUAACGUCCUCUCUGCGAUUGCUUGCUAUUAAUAAUACAGCUCCCGUAUCCUUAUGACCACACUCAUUGCACAUUUUAGUAAAGGUUGCCCGCUGGUAGUUCUGUUGUCUGUUUUUCCUCCCCCCCUCCCAUUUUUGCUGACCAUCUGGACUGCAGCGCAGUAGCUUGAAGCUUGCCAUGAGUUACAAAGUCCACUGUUGACGUCAGCAGUCAUGGCUGGCACUUAGCACUCAAAAAAACUCCCACCCUCAGAAAUGUAUCCCAAAUUGAGAUAAAGCAUAAUAUUAAAGGAGACUAGUUUUUUCAUUCUCCUUUGUUGGUGGGCUGACCUAUCCUGUGGUAGGUUUUUCACGUCUAGUUUUCUCCUCCAGUGUGAAAUUUUCGUAAUUUACUGCUGGAUGCACGUUCAAAAUCACAGCUGUACAUGUAGUUUGCCAGUGUGUACAUUUCAAUGUUUGUCCUCUCCGAUGCUUCUCAAAUUCCAUGUUCCCUGCGAUUAAUGUUUGGAGAACAUUUCGUUUGUUUUUUUUAGUUUGAAAUCAUGAAAUUGCGUCUUUGUUUGCUCACAAAUCCAUUGCUUGACGUGCACGGUGAUGCCGAUAUGCCCAUACCUUUUCCCCACUCAAGCCUGUUUUUUGGUCAUUGCUUUGUGUAACAGUUUUGACCCAUUGUAUCAUAUUAUAAACGUGAACGUACUUCCACUAACAUCGUCUUUAAACCCCAAAAAUGUAAACAGAAAAUCAGUUUCGUGUCCAGCAUGAAUGCACAGCACACUGUCACGACAUUUUAGUGAGUGUCUUGAUUUCCUUUCACUCUUAUUUCUCCAACAUUUGGAGGUUGCAAUAACAUUUAGUACGUGGGACUCUUUCAAGAUAUUCCUUAGUUAUUCAUUAGAUCAUUCCACUAAAGUAAACAGUGUUUCCAAAUUUGAAAUCUUGUUUGCAUGGCAUGAAGAAGUCCCAGAUGUAGCCAAGGAUGAUUUAUUACACUUUAUAUAGUAUUUAUUGUUACUAAGAGUAUACCAUAGUACAUGUAUUAUAUUUGAACUCCAUCUUUUGUUAGUGUUGGAUACUUAUCUUUAUAUGAAUAUUUCUAUCUAUAUCUGUUGUAAUAUAGUAUGAAAUAAUAUAUUAACAGAAAAAAAGUGAAGUGCAAUGAAUGUUAGUAUAAAUACAGAGUAAAUUAAAGAGACCACUGGAGAAUACCAGUAGUUGAUUUGUGAUGUGCAGCUGUGUGGUAAUACUAGACAAAAAUGGAAAGAAUCCUCAGUUGAGUCAGGGUGGGACAUCACAAUAUCUCAGCUAUUCUGUAGUGUGGUGUAUGCAGCUGAAAAGAACUUUGUGUUACCAAUUUCUGCAGGCUGGCAAAAUUGGUCAAAUGGCCAAAUAGUCACUUCUCGAUCAGACUCUCUUGUUGACCCGGCCUGAUUCACAAGUUGCCGGAGCCAUUUCUGAGUUAAGAAGCCUUUCACAGAAUCCUCUUUGCGUCUUGCAUCGUGUAAAUUGGUAACAUCCUCAAUAUUUUCACCCACAUAAUGUCCGUUUUCAUCUCGACUAAGUGAAACAUCAAAACAGUUUUGCUCCUUUCCAAAGCAAAUUAAAACCAAAUUACCCAAAAAGAUGAAAGGACUCAUUAUGUGGUAUUGAGCAAUUUAAAAUGGUUCCACUCUCACUUUAUUGCCAGCAAUGCAAUUGGCUGACAGUGGCUAAUAACAUGAAUCUGAGAUCAAAGUUGGCAAAAAUCCAUACACUUUAUUCAGGUAUGACUAUUUUAUAUUGCUUGUACCAUUCAUUUUUUUGUGUAUUCAAAAUUCAAGUUAAGGGUCUUUGAGCCAUAGUGAAGGUCGUAGGUUAUUAAUUGUAAGUCAAGAGCGGCCAUUUUGAAUACGGCAUAUACAUUCCCUCUACAUGUUCUAGUAUGUUUCCUGUAACAUUGGCUAGGAGGAUAUCGCACAGUAUCUGCUAUUUUUACCAUUUCAUUGUGUACUACAUUGGCAACCUGAUUCUGGGAAGUGUUGUGUGCUUAGCCACUGAUUGAAAUACGUUUCAGUGGGCUAACAGUGUUUGGAAUGUAUAUGUUGAGGGUUGGUGUCGAUAGAAACAUUUGCAGCAAUUAAGAGGAAGUUUGGAAGUGAGCUGGAGACAUUUCAAGUACAUGUUGAAUUGAAUACAGAGAUUUACAGCAGUCAGUGUUUCAAUUGAUGAUGCAUCACUAAAACCUGUGCAGUAAGUGUGGGCCAGACUUUAUGGAACAAAUAUUUACUGCUCUGUCUCACAGUGUUGUAAACUAACCUGCCAAGGUGAUCUGCUGGGAAUUCCACGUUUCCCCCAGCCUCAUCUUUGGGGAAACAAAAAAAAAAGCUCAACAGAUCACCUCGGGAAGCUAAUGUUGCUAUAUCACUGGGAGCAGUCAAUAUUUGCAUAUUGGACCACCGUAAACAUUCCACAAAUAGAACUCUUUUCCUGGCGUCUGGCUCUUCCUCCGAAUAGGAACAGAAUCCAUGUCCAAAACGGUUGCAUUCUUGAUCACAAAUACAAUUUUCUCCGAGCAUCCACUUCCACCGUCUUCCUUUAAUGUCUAGAUGCAUUAUCAAACACUCGCAGAACAAAGGUGAACAAACAGUAAAUGACAUUUGCUGGCAUUUUUUUCCCACGAAAAAAAUGCAUAACUGUCUGGAAGUUGCUGUCCCUCGGGAUUCCUUUUGUUAGGCAUACAAGUCUUGCGCACAGCAAGAAAAUAAAUGAGACACUGGUUCUUCGGGUGAUUGUGAAAUGUUCAUCAAAAAUAAUCCACUUUUUUGUGGCUAUCACUUUUUCUGUAAUUGAAAUGCAUCUGGAAGAAAGUACACCACAGCUUAAGAUCCAAUUGAGGGAAUUUUGUCAUCAACUGUGAAGAUUUUUGGGUGAGCUGUCAAUCCCAGGCUUUGUCUGGUGUGGACAUGUAUCCCAUGAAGUGUGCAAAAAAAAAAGGGCUUCAUUUGUGACAGCUUGUGACCGCACAAUAGCAGAAAGCACAAAGUCAUACUUUGCCGAAGAUGCUGCGGGAAAUCCAGCCAGUAUUAAUAUGCAAAUAGCCAUGGAAAGAACAACCGUUAACCCCUGGACCCCUAUGAGGAGUCUAAAAGCGGAGCUUGAUACCAUUUUUCAAAGAAUGGAAAGAAAAGGUUGAGUAGAAUCCAUCCAUAUCUCAUUUUAAUAAAGCUGUCCUUCUGAAGAUGUCUAUUUAAUCAGGUUUUUUUUUUUUUAGUGAGACAAAGUAACAAUGUGCAAUAACUUUGUGUACAAUAACUGUACGGUUUAGUAGCUAUUAUACUCACUUCCUCAGUCAACUUAAGUUAAAUUUUAUCCAUGCAAAAAAGUGAAUGUAGUUUAACUCCUUUUUUUCUGUACUAUGAUGUAAAAUAAAUCAGUGAUUUGUGAGAAAGUA